CAUUCCAAGAUGGCAGCGUACACGAGGAAAAAGUCCCUCACAAUGUUGAUUUCUUGAUUUCCUGCGUGUUUUGGGGGCCCUAUUCUCCAUAUCUAGGGGAUUACAAUGAUGUGGAAAAGGUUUUUGUGCCCCUUGUGUCAAAGGAUCCGAAUUAUCACCCACAAUGUGGGAUAUUUGGCGCCAUUUGCUAGCAGACGACAUGCUAGCUCAAAGUCAUCAGAUGGACAGAUUGACAUGUCACAGUUUCCAGUGGAGAAUAUCCGGAACUUCAGUAUCAUCGCACACGUGGACCAUGGCAAGAGCACACUGGCAGACAGACUACUGGAGCUCACAGGAACCAUCUCCCAGGAGGCCUCAAACAAACAAGUGUUAGACAAACUGCAGGUGGAGAGAGAACGAGGCAUCACUGUGAAGGCACAGACAGCUUCCAUGUUCCACCAGUACCAGGGGAAAACCUACCUCCUCAACCUUAUAGACACACCGGGUCAUGUAGAUUUUAACUAUGAAGUGUCCAGGUCCCUGGCUGCUUGUCAGGGAGUGCUGCUAUUGGUGGAUGCAAAUCAGGGAGUACAGGCCCAAACUGUUGCCAACUUUUACCUGGCCUUUGAGUCAGAGCUGGCCAUUAUACCAGUUAUUAAUAAGAUAGAUCUUAAACAAGCUGACGUAGAGUCCACAGAAGAGCAAAUGAGACGACUGUUUGAUUUUAAAGAAGAAGACUUCUUUAAGAUAUCAGCUAAACUAGGACUGAACUGUAGAGAAAUCCUUGAUGCAGUGAUCCAGAGAAUACCACCGCCAAAGUCUGACCCUAACCAGCCCUGGAAGGCCCUGCUGUUUGACUCUACGUAUAACCACUACCGGGGUGCUGUGACCAGCGUGGCUGUUGUAGACGGGAGGGUACGGCAGGGGGACAGGAUCAGCUCUGCUCACACACAGAAGACUUACGAGGUGCAGGAGGUCGGCAUCAUGAGCCCAGAUCACCAGGCUACACAGGAACUCCAUGCUGGCCAGGUGGGUUACCUGAUAGCAGGUAUGAAGUCUAUCCAGGAGGCCAGGAUAGGUGACACUCUACACCUGUCCAACUCACCUGUGGAGCCGCUACCUGGAUUCAAACCUGCCAAGCCCAUGGUGUUUGGAGGAAUUUUCCCCAUGGACCAGUCUGAGUACAGGGACCUGAAGGUGGCUGUGGACAGGCUGACCUUAAAUGACUCCAGCGUCACGGUUGCUAAGGACAGCAGCCCUGCUCUAGGCCUGGGUUUCAGACUAGGUUUCCUGGGGCUGCUGCACAUGGAAGUCUUCAACCAGAGGCUGGAGCAGGAGUACAACGCUACUGCCAUCGUCACCACUCCUAGUGUUCCAUGCAAAGCUCGUCUGAGCAGUGACAAACUCAUCAAGCAGUACAAGACAGAGGAGAUCACCAUCUUCAGCCCUGCAGAGUUCCCUGAGAGGAGAGAUGUUACAGAGUACCUGGAGCCCAUGGUCCUGGGAACCAUCAUCACUCCAGACGUUCAUCUCAACAGGAUAUUCAGCCUCUGUGAGGCUAAAAGAGGAGAACAGGUGGACUUUACGUACAUUGACACAUCACGGGUGCUGCUGAAGUACAAGCUGCCACUCAACGAGAUUGUGGUGGACUUUUACGAUCAGCUCAAGUCUAUCACUUCAGGCUAUGCAAGUUUUGACUACGAGGAUCACAGUUAUGAACCAGCUGAACUGGUCAAGCUGGACGUCCUCCUCAAUGGUCAAGCCAUCAGCGAACUGUCCACCAUCGUGCACAAAGACAAGGCCUACCCAGUGGGAAAGGCUCUGGCCUCUAAACUAAAGAACGUCAUCCCGAGACAGCUGUAUGAAGUCAUCAUUCAGGCAGCUCUAGGGGGCAGGGUCAUAGCCAGGGAAACGGUAAAGGCCUACAAGAAGAAUGUGUUGGCAAAAUGUUACGGUGGAGACAUCUCAAGAAAGAUGAAACUUCUGAAGAGGCAGGCAGAGGGGAAGAAGAGGAUGAAGAAGAUUGGAAAUGUUGAUGUUCCUAAAGAUGCUUUCAUAUCUGUACUAAAAAGAUGACACCACUAGAUAGGCCAUGCAAUUCCAGUCAAAUAGAUUUUAACCAGAAGAAAAUUGUGUAAAUGCUCUGUUGUCCCUAUGAUACAUUUUAUUGAUUCCAUGAUUGUACAUGGUUGUGUCUUGUUUAACAGCUAAAUUUAAGUGCAUCAUACCACAACAUGCAGU